UUUAAUAUGAACUUUUAUAUUUUUGCAGCCUGCUUCAGUUAUAAUUUUGCACAUAACUCUCUACUCUGAACACUUUUAUUCUAGAAUAUUAGAAUAAUGGCUAAAUAUUAUACCAGAAUUACAAUGAAGAGAAUGGCACAGCUCCUGGAUCUGUCUGUUGAUGAAUCGGAGGAGUUCCUGUCCAACCUAGUAGUUAAUAAGACCAUCUUUGCUAAAGUAGACAGGCUGGCAGGAAUUAUCAAUUUUCAGAGGCCAAAGGACCCAAACAACAUACUAAAUGACUGGUCUCACAAGCUGAACUCGCUGAUGGCCCUAGUUAAUAAAACCACACAUCUCAUUGCCAAAGAGGAGAUGAUACAUAACCUGCAGUAACGUGCCUCAAUAAUCUCAGUGCUUUUAAAGAAGGCAUUAAAUCUUCAUAAUAGAGACUAUUAUUACAGUGUGUAUAUGGUUUGUUUUCUCCCUCUCAAGCCCUCCUGGUCUAAAAUUUAGAACAUAAUUCUGAAAUUCCCGUUGACAACUAAGUUUCCUUGAUUAUUCAUUGAGUUGUAAAACGUUUUUGCUACAUUGGUGGAAGAACGUAAUAAAACUGUAUUGCCUGUGUAA